AUGGAGAGCCUCAGUGAGCUCCAGAAUCCACUCUUGGACAAAACCUCUCACCGAGUGCCUAGCAACUGCAGCGGUUCCCACGCCGACUCCUACAGUCGCCAGUACCAGGACAACAUCAUCAGGUACUUUGUGUCCGGCGGCGACCCCAGCGCCAAGGCCGAGCAGUUCCUGGACGCCGCCUCGCUGCACGUCGCCAUGGAGGUGUUGUGCGCGCCGGCGCCGCGCUUCGCGCUCUGCCAGGACGGCAGCAACCACAGCCGGGGCGCCGAGAGCGACCUGAGUCUGGACCUGUGCAUGGAGGAGACCCGGCUCAGGGACGAGCAGGACGAGUCCGCGGCCGAGGAGUCCAGCCCGGACGAGCUCCAGGACCAGGCCCAGGACCCGAGACCUCACAUCGUCACCGUCUCCUGCGAGGUGGAGGAGGACAGGUUCCCCCAGUAUGAGACGGACAGUGACAGCUCCAGCUGUAGUGAUGACAGCUUCCUGCUGCCCCCCCGGGACCACCUGGGUCUGGCCAUCUUCUCCAUGCUGUGCUGCUUCUGGCCCAUGGGCAUCGCUGCCUUCUACUUCUCUCAGCGGACCAGUUUAGCCGUAUCCAAGGGCGAGUUCUCCAUGGCGACCGCUUCUUCCAGACGGGUGCUCUUCCUGGCGGCGCUCUCCAUCACCAUGGGAACAGGGCUGUAUGUGGGCGUGCUGGUUGCCUUAGUGGCUUACCUGUCCAACCCAGGACCAGUGUAG